AAUUAUGCAGUUGCACAUACACCGUGGUGGUUCCCACAAAAAUGUAGAAAUGAAAGUUUAAGUUGAGGAAAGUCAAACUUAAACUCAAACUCAAAGCAUGAAGAAAAACAUGAAAACAAGAUUAAGCUUCUCCACCAAAAUCCACAAUCCCAAUCACAAAAUCCAAACUUCCACUUUACUCAUUUUCCCAAUCCAAACAUUCCUUAUACAACUUCUCUGUUCAUCUCUAACCCCAGUCUCAUCUAACCAAACCCCCCCACCACUUCCAAUCCUCCCUCUCCCAACAGCAUUCCAGCUCCAAUGGCAAAAUUCCAACAUGGCCCUUUUCUUCCACUUCGGCACAAACACCUUCACUGACUCCGAAUGGGGUACAGGUCAAGCUCAUCCAACAAUCUUCAACCCAACAAAACUCAACGCUUCUCAAUGGAUUCACGUUGCUAAAGACACUGGUUUUUCAAGGGUUUUGUUAACUGCUAAGCAUCAUGAUGGGUUUUGUUUGUGGCCUUCUGAGUAUACUGAUUAUUCGGUUCGGUCCAGUGGUUGGAGAAAUGGGAAUGGUGAUGUUGUUGCUGAUGUUGCUGCUGCUGCUGGAGAGGCUGGUGUUGGGUUUGGGAUUUAUCUUUCUCCGUGGGAUCGGCAUGAACUGUGUUAUGGUGAUACCUUGCGGUAUAAUCAACAUUACUUGGCUCAAAUGACUGAGUUGCUCACUAGGUAUGGAGAGAUAAAGGACGUUUUUCUGGAUGGUGCUAAAGGAGAAGGGGAGAAGAACAUGAAAUAUUUCUUUGAGAGUUGGUUUUCUCUCAUUCACCAGCUCCAACCAGGUGCCGCCAUUUUUUCUGAUUCUGGUCCUGACACAAGGUGGGUUGGCAAUGAACAAGGGGUUGCUGGAUCCACUUGUUGGUCUCUUUUCAACCAGUCCGUCAUUGAAAUUGGUGGCGUUGACAAUGAUCCACAAUACCAAAAGCAGGGAGAUCCAUUUGGUCUUGAUUGGGUGCCUGCACUUUGUGAUGUCUCUAUCAGACCUGGUUGGUUUUGGCAUGCUUCAGAGCAUCCAAAGUCUGCAAGGAAACUACUUGAAAUAUACUAUAAAUCUGUUGGUCGAAACUGUAAGCUAUUAUUGAACGUCCCCCCAAAUUCAUCAGGCCUUAUUUCAGCUGAGGAUAUCCAAGUUCUUCGAGAGUUCAGUGAACUCCGCCAUUCCAUAUUUUCCCACAAUUUUGCUGCAAGUGCUUCCCUUAAUGCCAGCAGCACAAGAGGAGGAAUCCAAGAUACUCGCUUUAGUCCCAACAAAGUUCUUGAAGAAGGUAUACACACUUAUUGGGCUCCUGAGGAGAACCAAUCUAAAUGGAUAUUGUACAUAAAUCUCAAAAAACUAGUAUCCUUUAAUGUUCUGCAAGUUCAAGAACCUAUUCAUAUGGGACAAAGGGUGAUUAAGUUUCAUCUGGAGGCAUUGAACCGAGACGGUUUAUGGAAGAGUGUUGUAAAUGGCACCACAAUUGGAUAUCAGAGGCUGUUACUGUUUCCGAAACUAAAAUCUCAGUAUUUGAAGCUAGUUGUUGACAAGUCAAGGGCAGAACCUUUGAUAUCUUACUUAGGAAUCUAUUUGGACCCAGUUACAGUUUUGAGUGAGGACAUGCCUGAUAAAAAAUCAGGUACAUAUUUCAAUGGAACCCAAGUUCUUCGCAGUGCCAUGAAAAAUGAUUCUCAAAGUGCUACAAUGUAAACUUUGAUGUCGUCGAUUUGUUUGUAAUUGUAAAAUUUGAAAAUAUUUUAAAAGGUGUGUCCACGUUCGAUUUUCCUAUUGUUUAUAAUCUUCAAGUGUGGAGUCAACCAUGAAUAGCAUGAGCUAAUGGAUUGUUGAGAAUUUAAGAGAUAAUAGAAGCAAAAAUGCCAAGAAUUUGAGAGUGGCUCAGGGAAAAACAAAUGUGUUUUAUUCAUUAUUCCAAUGUUCACAAGGAAAUGACAUUAAUGUUUAGACAACAAGAAUGUGAUUUUGGUUU